AACCGGCGCCAGAACCAGAAGAAAGGCAUACGGGGCAGCGACAAAAUCCAAUAACUGAGCAAAAAUGGCUUCCCUCCUUAAGUUCUACAACCCAUUAUCGUUCACUCGAUGCUCCCCAGUUUCAAUCUCUCAGGCGAUUUUCCGCAGAGCUCACCGCCAUUCUCAUUUUCCAUUCUUCAAGCCUGCGAGAUGUUUCGCUUGUUUCACUUCUUCUCCGAGCUCAUCUCAGCACCCCCUCAGUGCGCAGAAUCACAAAGAAAUCGGCGGCGUUAGACACGAGAGUCCAUCGUCGGAACUGUGGCUGCACAAUACAAUGAGUAGGAAGAAGGAGGUAUUCAAGCCCAAGGUAGAAGGUAAAGUAGGCAUGUACGUGUGCGGUGUCACUGCCUAUGAUCUCAGCCAUAUCGGCCAUGCGCGUGUUUAUGUUACAUUCGAUGUUCUCUACAGAUAUUUGAGGCAUUUGGGAUACGAAGUUCUUUAUGUUCGCAAUUUCACCGAUGUGGAUGACAAAAUAAUUGCUAGAGCAAAUGAGUUGGGGGAAGAUCCGCUUGAUUUAAGUAGACGUUACUGUGAAGAAUUCGGUCAGGAUAUGAGGUAUCUUCAUUGCUUGUCUCCUUCAGUUGAACCCCGAGUUUCGGACCACAUGCCCCAGAUCAUUGACAUGAUAAAGCAGAUUCUUGAUAAUGGGUAUGCCUAUCGUGUCGAUGGUGAUGUGUACUUUAAUGUGGACAAAUUUCCAGAAUAUGGCCUAUUGUCGGGGCGAAAAUUAGAGGAUAAUCGAGCUGGAGAGCGGGUUGCUGUGGACUCCAGGAAGAAAAACCCGGCUGAUUUUGCUUUAUGGAAGUCUGCAAAGGAGGGGGAACCAUUUUGGGCAAGUCCCUGGGGUCCUGGGAGGCCUGGAUGGCAUAUAGAGUGCAGUGCCAUGAGUGCAGCUUAUCUAGGGUAUUCUUUUGAUAUACAUGGUGGAGGGAUGGAUCUUGUCUUUCCCCACCAUGAAAACGAAAUAGCUCAGAGCUGUGCCGCUUGCAGAACGAGUAAUAUAAGCUACUGGGUCCAUAAUGGUUUUGUGACUAUUGACUCGGAGAAAAUGUCUAAAUCUCUUGGGAACUUUUUCACCAUUCGGCAGGUCAUAGAUCUUUACCAUCCACUGGCUUUGAGGCUUUUUUUGUUGGGGACACAUUAUCGUUCUCCAAUCAACUACUCUGAUUUACUGCUCGAAAGUGCUUCGGAUCGCAUUUUUUACAUCUAUCAGACUCUUGAUGACUGUAGAACUGUUAUUAGCCAGCAAGAUGAAUCAAGUUUGAAGAGUUCCAUCCCUCCGAGUUUGGUGGAAGAAAUCAACAAAUUCUACAACGUUUUCCUGACCUCGAUGUCCGAUGAUAUUCACACGCCUGUGGUUUUGGCAGCGUUAUCGGAUCCUUUGAAAAUUAUCAAUGAUUUGUUGCAUACUCGCAAGGGAAAGAAGCAGGAAUCUCGAAUGGAAUCUCUUGCAGCUCUGGAGAAGAUGAUAGGAAAUGUGUUGUCCAUCUUAGGGCUGAUGCCUGCAAGUUACUCCGAGGCUCUGCAACAGCUGAAGGAAAUGGCUUUAACGCGCGCAAAGAUGACGAACGAACAAGUUCUACAGAAGAUAGAAGAAAGGAAUGCAGCAAGACAGAAUAAGGAGUAUGAAAAAUCUGAUACAAUCAGGACUGAUCUAGCUGCUGUUGGAAUUGCUCUAAUGGAUGGCCCUAAUGGAACAACUUGGAGACCAACUGUUCCUAUUGCACUUCAAGACCACCACCAGCUUUAGUUUCACUAAUUCUCUUAAUUUAGUUCAAAUUGAACCAAACCGAACCGAUAUGAUGAUGUUAUUUUGUUCUUAAAAAAGCGCUUACCUUUUAGAUUGUGUACGACUCCAAAACUUGAGUGAGAUGAGACAUUAUGCCAAGUUUCUUAUUGGAGUA